AUGGAUGAAGAAAUGGAUGAAGAUGUCAUAGUCAAGGUUGUGGACUGCUCGAACCAAUCAGAGUAUUCAUGUAAAUCCCUGGCUGGUGUUGUCUGGGAUGUAUUCCGCAGGCAGGAUCUUCCAAAGCUUAAUGAAUAUCUAGCUGUUCAUCGAGAAGAAUGUGCAGCUAGAUGUCAAGCAGUGUCUUCUGUUAAAUAUCCUAUUUAUGAUCAAACAGUGUACCUUAACGAUUAUCAUAAGAAGAUGUUGAAGGAUCAAUAUGAGGGACUGAAGAAAAUCGAGCAGAUUACAAUGGACUCAGCUUCGGUCGAGACCAAUAUGUUCAAGCUCUGCAAGGUGAGGUCUGUUCAGUUUGGCCAGAAAGGCAUCCCCUACCUGAACACCUACGACGGCCGCACCAUCCGCUAUCCCGAUCCGCUCAUCAAGGCCAACGACACCAUCAAGAUCGAUCUGGAGACUAACAAGAUUAUGGACUUCAUCAAGUUUGACGUCCGCAACGUGGUCAUGGUGACUGGCGGGAGGAACACCGGGCGUGUAGGAGUCAUCAAGCACAGGGAGAAGCACAAGGGCAGCUUUGAGACCAUCCACGUGCUGCUUGGAGUUUUUUGCUAUGUCUAGUUUUCUCCUAUUUGUUGUACAG